UCGUAAAUGUGUUGGCAACCAGUCAUCUCAAGGUGGUACAUGGUGCUACAGUAAACAUUGCAUUUUGAAGAAAAAAAGAAAAAGACAAGUUAAUAAGCGAGUACCUGCAUUUAUCGAAAAUUUCUUAUCUACUUCCGGGAUCUUCCAACCAGGUUAUGACUGACAGUUGCGUUUAUUUACUACUUUUACCACUUUUACCAUUUACCCAUUAAUCUAAGCUUCGAGUGACGAUCUGUCAGACCAGACGGUGAGAACUAUGCGAAGCGUCGUGAAGGCAACACGAGCAACGUCAUACUUAAAUAUUUCGUCAAGAGAUCGCACAAAAAGGGAUCUCUAUGCAUUCGUCAAUCUAGCUAAUUAAUAUAAAAUUGUGAUAAUUAUUUAUUUAAGUCCAGUUGCAUUUUUUACAUCACGUCGGAUGUUCACGAUAAAUAUCAUUUCGAUCUCUGCCUACACAAAGAGAAUCCUGCGACCAAAGUACAUAGUAUACUUCUUUGUUUGAUGAUAAAAGAGAUUUAAUUUUUGCUGGACAAGUGAAUCACGUGAAUGAAACUGAAUGAUACUGAAAAAAAUAUUCGAAGUAGAAAGUAUUAAAUAUGAGUGGGCCAACGAAAGAUCUGCCAUGGGGUUUGCAAUGUGCAAGAUGCAUGUGCAACGGUUGUUGCGAGCAUCGCCGUGUCAAUUGGAUGGCAUGGCAUCAGGGAGGUAUCCUGGCCCUCACCUACCUGGCGUACACCUGUUACCAUUUGACACGAAAGCCCAUAUCUGUGGUGAAGAAUGUCCUGAGUCUCAAUUGCAGCAGUCUGCCAGUACCUGCGGACGUUUUAGUGAAUGACAGUAACCGGGAUACCUGGUGCGACUGGGCGCCGUUUGACACAAAAGAUGCGCCAGCGUUACUCGGUAUGUUGGACUCAGCAUUUUUAUUUGCGUAUGCUGUGGCUAUGUUUCUUAGUGGGUUCAUAGCGGAGAGAGCAAAUCUACGAUAUUUCCUUUCCAUCGGUAUGCUCGCGUCAGGCAUAUCGUGUUACCUGUUUGGAAUCGCUAAACCGUACAACAUUCAUAAUCUGUGGUACUUCGUUUUCGUACAGGCGUUAGGCGGAAUUUUUCAAACUUCUGGAUGGCCGGGUGUGGUGACCGUUGUGGGAAACUGGUUCGGAAAAGGCAAACGCGGCUUGAUCUUCGGUGUGUGGAACUCUCAUACAUCCUUAGGAAAUAUAUUAGGCAGUUUGAUCGCGGCAGCUUACGUCGAGUCCGAUUGGAGCUUGAGUUUUAUAGUACCCGGAGUGAUAAUGGGACUGGUGGGAUUCGUCCUUUUCCUGUUCCUAGUACCGAGUCCCGUCGACAUAGGAUACAGCUCGCCCGCCUCUUACGGGUAUCGGAAAAUUGAUGUAACAAAUAGUUCGGAUGAUGAUUCGACUGACGUAGGUUACGAAUCUCGUAGUAUCAGCGAGGAUCGCGUCAUCUAUCGCUGUGUCUACCGUGAACAACUUGCUGAUAACAUGGCACGUUCUGAAACCAGCCCAAUGCUGACCGGACAUCGACGUGAUCAGAGUACAGUCCGGAACAGCGCGAUCGGCUUCGUAGGGGCCAUGAAGAUACCGGGUGUCAUCGAAUACUCUUUAUCACUGUUUUUCGCGAAACUUGUUAGCUAUACAUUCCUUUACUGGUUACCAUUGUAUAUCGCGGCUUCAACUACAUACAGCACAACUAUGAGCGCGGAUCUAUCGACUCUGUUUGACGUCGGUGGUAUAGUAGGCGCCAUAGCAGCUGGAGUUCUCUCUGAUUAUAGUGGCAUGAGCGCGUUAACAUGUGCCGCGAUGCUUGGACUUGCAUUUCCUGCGUUAUUUAUAUACGACUAUAUUGGAAAUACCAGUCUAGCCGUCAACAUAGUAUUACUACUGAUAGCAGGACUGUUAGUGAAUGGUCCCUAUGCACUAAUAACGACCGCCGUGUCGGCCGAAUUGGGAACUCAUCCCAGCUUAGGAGAAAAUUCGAAGGCCUUAGCUACAGUGACUGCCAUUAUCGAUGGAACUGGUAGUAUCGGAGCUGCCGUUGGUCCACUGUUAGCGGGUGUAGUGUCUCGAUGGGGCGGGUGGCACGAUGUAUUUUACAUGCUCAUGUGUGCUGAUUUAUUCGCUCUACUGCUUCUAUCCCGAUUAGUGUACAGAGAUAUAAGAUCAUACGUACAAAGACGAAGAGUUAUGCAAAUUUAGAAAGCGAAAUAAAAUUCGCAAAUUGUCAUAAUGCGGAAGAAUGUGAUCUUUAGGAUUAUUUGAAUCUGCGUACUUUAAAACUCGCUUGUAUACUUUCGUUGCAUAUUUCCAAAUAAAUCCGCGAUCGAUGUAUGAGGGAGAUUUAAAUGUACGGAAAUAAAUAUAUGUAUUUUUUGGAUAAUAUUUUCUGUCAUAGCUGCUAUAGACAUGCAUUUGAAAGUAUAAUUUUAAACAGAGAAAAUAGCUCUGCUAUUUUAAAAAUCUUUAAAAAAUUCGAUAUUUUUAAUCAUGUAUGUAAAAUGUAAAAAAUGUUAUUUUUUUAUUGUAUAUGCCAAAUGUUACCACAUAUAACUUUAUAAUUAUAUAAAUAAAUUAUGACAUAAAUAUGUUACAUAGUCUAA